AGCGCGUUACGGGCGUCAGCGCGGCGAAGGGAACGGCGGGGCUCCGAGCUGUGGAAGGUGAAGAGCGGAUUCCAUUCGAGGGUCACUUGGUAGGGGACUUCCCGAGGUCCUGUCCCCAGGCUGCAGUGACUGGGCUUUCACUGGCGUGGAAGGUGCUGGAAGGCAGAUCGGCUACCAUGUCCACAUUCAGGCAGGAAGAUGUGGAAGACCAUUAUGAGAUGGGGGAGGAGCUGGGCAGCGGCCAGUUUGCCAUUGUGCGGAAAUGCCGGCAGAAGGGCACUGGGAAGGAGUAUGCAGCCAAGUUCAUCAAGAAACGCCGCCUGUCAUCCAGCCGGCGGGGGGUCAGCCGGGAGGAGAUCGAGCGGGAGGUGAACAUCCUGCGGGAGAUUCGGCACCCCAACAUCAUCACACUACACGACAUCUUUGAGAAUAAGACCGAUGUGGUGCUCAUCCUGGAGCUGGUCUCUGGUGGGGAGCUCUUUGAUUUCCUGGCCGAGAAGGAGUCGCUGACGGAGGACGAGGCCACUCAGUUCCUUAAGCAGAUCCUGGAUGGCGUCCACUACCUACACUCCAAGCGCAUCGCCCACUUUGACCUCAAGCCCGAAAACAUCAUGCUCCUAGACAAGAACGUGCCCAACCCACGAAUCAAGCUUAUUGACUUUGGCAUCGCUCACAAGAUUGAAGCCGGGAACGAGUUCAAAAACAUCUUUGGCACCCCAGAAUUUGUUGCUCCUGAGAUUGUCAACUAUGAACCCCUAGGUCUGGAGGCGGACAUGUGGAGCAUUGGCGUCAUCACCUAUAUCCUUUUGAGUGGCGCGUCCCCAUUCCUGGGUGAGACCAAGCAGGAGACCCUGACCAAUAUCUCAGCCGUGAACUAUGACUUCGAUGAGGAGUACUUCAGCAACACCAGCGAGCUGGCCAAGGACUUCAUUCGCCGGCUGCUUGUCAAGGACCCCAAGAGGAGAAUGACUAUCUCCCAGAGCCUGGAGCAUUCCUGGAUCAAGGCGAUCAGGCGGCGGAAUGUGCGGAGGGAAGACAGUGGCCGGAAGCCGGAGCGACGGCGCCUGAAGACAGCCCGCCUCAAGGAGUACACUAUCAAGUCACAUUCGAGCAUGCCCCCCAACAACACCUACAUCAACUUCGAGCGCUUCUCCAAGGUACUGGAGGAGGUGGCGGCGGCCGAGGAGGGCCUGCGUGGGCUGGAGCACAGCCGGCGGCUCUUCCAUGAGGACAUCGAGGCACUGACAGCCAUCUAUGAAGAGAAGGAGGCCUGGUACAGGGAGGAGAACGAGAGCAUUGGCCAGGACCUGCGACGGCUGCGGCAAGAGCUACACAAGACCGAGGCCCUCCAACGGCAGGCCCAGGAGGAGGCCAAGGGUGCCCUGCUAGGGGCCAGCGGGCUCAAGCGCCGCUUCAGCCGCCUUGAGAACCGCUACGAGGCUCUGGCCAAGCAGGUGGCCUCCGAGAUGCGGUUUGUGCAGGAUCUUGUACGCGCCAUGGAGCAGGAGAAGCAACAGGAGGUGGAAUGUGGCCUCCGCUAGGGCCACAUGUGGGGGGUGGGCCCAGAGGGUUCUGGUGGUGGGUGUCCCCUUCACAGCCCUGGAGCCAGGCCCUCUGUCAUUAUCUGGCUCUAGAGAGUUCCCGGGCUGGGGCUGAGAUGGGAAGAGGCUGGACUGGGUGGGAUGUGCUUCAUGGGGCCCAGAAUUCACUGCUGAGAGGAGGGGCUUGGCCGGCUCUGCCCCAGGAAGACUAUGCUGUUCUGGGCCUCCUCUGCACAGCCUGUCUCCCUCUGGCUUAGCUUCCCCUAUCCCCCCACAUCUCUCUCUCUCUCUCUCUCUCUCUCUCUCAUUCUCACAACAAUGGUGACGGGGUGGGGUGGUGGUGGUGCUUCUGGGGUAGUGUCAUCUCUGGAACUCUGAACUCUGCAAAGGGUUGGUACCUCCAAGAUGGACUGGCCAUGGUGGACCAGAUGCUUCAUGCCUGGCCCAGUGGCAGGGUGGCAGCCUGCAUGUCCCGGGUCAGGGGGCUGCAGGGCAGUCAGAGGACAUGGAGCAGGGCCUGGUCACCAUCUUCAGGCCCUCCCUGCCCACCCCAGCACACCCAGCCUCAGGGCGGGUUUCUGAGGGCCCCUGCAUGCCCCAGGGCUCAGAAUUGGAGGGGCCUCUGCUGGAUAUGGGCCUCUCCUGCGAGCUGAAAGGAAAUGAAGCCCGGAUUCUGACAUUCAGCCGUUGUCUGUGCUUGGGCCAGGUUGGGCAGCCAGCUUUGGGUCACCUGGUGCCGGGGUUGCGAGCUUGAUCCCCCUCUAGAGAUGGGAGGUGGCUCCUCCAGGGUCAGUGGUGGAGGGGGCCUCUGAGCACUGUUCUUCCCAGUCCCUUGCUGGGGCACUCUGGACUCUGAACUGGCACCAUGGCCAGAGCUGAGGAGAUGACCCAGCCCUUGAGGUGUCAGUCUGGAGGUAGUAUGGGGAGUAGGAGGGCAUUGUGGCUAAGCAUGUUGCCUAGGUGCAGUAAAGGAAACAUCUGCAAAAGCUGGGUCUGUUUCUUUCUUGAGGCCCAGGAACUCCCUGGGUGAGGCAGGUCUUGGGGGUCAAGCAGCUGGGGACAGGAGUAAAGAGCUGUCAUCCACUCUGUAGCCCUCCCCAGUGUGGAGCCAUCUCCUCUUCACUCCCUCAUAAUGCCAGGUGCAAGUUUCUCAUGACGCAGUUCCUGAAGUGCCAACGCCACCAGUGGAGUCCCUUCCCUGCCUCAGUUCCUGGCCCUGCCCUACCAGCCCCUGCCUCGUUCCUUUCUCCAGUCUUUUUGAACUCUUAGGGCUCCAGGCCAGCAUCCCUAGGUAGGGACCACAUGGAGUAGUCGUAGUUGCAAAAGGCUCAUGGGCCCAGCGUCCCUUUCCCCAGAGAGCCCUAGGACUCCUUAGCACCCUCAGACGCUGUGCUGUUCUGUGUGGGGAGAAGCCCAUUUGACUGCCUCUGCCUCUGCUGGUUUCCAAGCGCAUCUGGCUGGGAACCCUCAGGAGCCCUGCCCUGGACUAGUGGGGUUGAAGAGGGGUUGCAGUGGGCAGUGCUGUCAUGUGCCACUAGGUGCUGCCCUUGAGCAGGAUCUUGUACCUCCUAUGCAAGUUCUCCAAGGUCCAGGCUUGAAUAAAAUACGGGUCCCUAGCUGGUGGCCACUCUGAGCUCAGAGAUCUCUGCUGCAGGUUGGGUUAAGGGAGGGACACCUGUGUAGACCCUUCACCCCCAGAAAGGAACGAGGCAGGGGCUGGUAGGGCAGGGCCAGGAUCUGAGGCAGGGAAGGGACUCCACUGGUGGCGUUGGCACUUUACCCCCAGCCUGGCCAAGUGCAGGGAAGAACCAGGCAGGUGGGGCUUGUAUUCCUGCCGAGGCUGCUGACCAAGGCUUCUGCUACCAGGACACUGCCAAGGCUGAGGCAGGGUCUUGAGGCCUGCCUGUAGGGUCCGGUGGAGGGGGUGGGAUCCACUGCACCCCCUCCAUGAGCUCCAUUGCAAUGCAUAUAACACCUCUGCAAACGUGUCUGCUGUGAGCCGAAAGGAAAUAAAGCUCCAAUUCUGACAUUCA